UUAUAAGAUGCAUCUUGCACUCACCUGAAUUUGUUCUCUAUCAUCUCAAGUUCUUCGUGACAAUUACCUCCAUUUGGCAGUGGGCCUCUACUUCAUCUGUCUACAAUUUCUGCGCGUUCUUCUUGUUUUAUGACAGUGAAUCUAGGACCGAGGUUCAUUUGCUCCUUCCUUACUUCUUAUCUUCUUUGACACUGCUUCAAUCCUGUGUUCUUGAUAGUAUCUUCAAUUCAUCGGCCCACUAUGUACAUCUCGACAACACUCCUCACUGCCUUUCUGGCCAGCACAGUCAGUGCAUGGCUGCCAGGUGAUAAAGAGCUCCGUUCUAAAGAGGGUGUUUCUCUCUUCGAUCCACAAGCGAAAAACUCAACAACCCGUCGCUGGACUCCGGCAUCUGGCAAAAUCAGAGGUGUUAACCUUGGAUCUCUCUUCGUCUUUGAACCAUGGAUCGCCGAAGACGCCUGGUCCGCUAUGGGCUGUGGACCGUAUGCAUCCGAAUUCGAUUGUGUAUCUGGCUUGGGACAAGCGAAAGCUAAUUCCGCGUUCCAAAAUCAUUGGAAAACUUGGAUUACUGCUGAUGAUAUUGCACAAAUGGCAAGUUUCGGUAUCAACACGGUUAGAAUCCCAGUCGGAUACUGGAUAAUGGAAAGUUUGGUUUAUUCCGAUAGUGAACACUUUCCUCAAGGAGGUUUAAGAUAUCUUGAGAGUAUCUGCGACGCAGCUGCUAAUGCUGGAUUUUACAUCAUCAUUGAUAUGCAUGGAGCGCCCGGAGCACAAGUUGCAUAUAACGCUGACACUGGACAAAAUGCUCCAACUCCAGGUUUCUACGUUGAUUACCAAUAUGCUCGAGGAGAAAAGUUUGUUUCUUGGCUCGCGACCAACAUUCACCAAAAUAAUGCUCUCAGAAAUGUUGGCAUGAUUGGCAUUGUGAAUGAACCAGUCCAAGAUGCUGGAAAGGCUGCGGAUAUGAUUUCAACUUAUUACCCUGCGGCUUACAAGGCGAUUCGAGAUGCGGAGAACGCGUUGGGUGUUACCUCAAAUAAUUACUUGCACGUUCAAGCUAUGGAUCAGGGAUGGGGUUCUGGUGAUCCGAAUUCCGGGUUUGGGGAUGGCGUUUUCUUGGCUUGUAAGUUUCCCCAUUCAUUGUGACAUGCUUCACGUACCAUAUUACCAUAUUCUCAUAAAAGUACCCCUCUUCUAACCAAAAUUCCCCGCUAGACGACGAGCACCGCUAUCUAAAAUGGUCUACCGUCUCCGUCUCCAAAGAGGCCUACCUUAAAUCCUCCUGCACAUACGAUCCGAUUUCCAGCACGGGCGGUCCAACAGUCGUAGGCGAAUUUUCAAUCUCUCCUCCAGACGACGUUCAAGAUAAUGGAGACUGGUCCACAUCCACCCAAGGUGCAUUCUACAAAAAAUGGUUCAAGGCACAAGUCAUGGGAUAUGAAAAUCAUGCAUUAGGAUGGAUUUUCUGGACGUGGAAAUCUCAAUUGAAUGAUUAUCGAUGGAGUUAUCAGGAUGCGGUGCGGGCGGGCAUUAUCCCGAAGGAUUUGGAUAGUGUGGCCGGGAGUGGGGCUUGUAAUGGUUAUUAGGGGAAAGGAAAGGGGAGGAAAGGUUUAUGGCGUGUUUUGAUAGGAGCGGAAGAGCAAAAAAUUAUGUACGAGUAGCGACGUUUGUAAGAUUACAGUCGAGACGAUGUAUUAUUAUCUUCAUAUUUGCAAUGGCAAUACACUUGGUCCACACACAGCACACGGUACAUUUUUGGGA